GAUAACCUGCGGGCGAUAAUUACUAGGGAAUAAACACGGGCAUAAAGCACCUAGCAACAAUGCGGACUUCAUUACGGCUUCUGGCAUCAAUCUCUCACAACCAGUCGUCCAAGCUUAAGAAGCCGACUAUUGGUCUUGACCAUUUCAUUCAAAGACAGCGGGUUCUUGCUUUAUGGCGCGAGAUAGUAAGAGCCUUGAAUUCAAUCCCUAAUUCACCAACUCGCGAUGAGCUGCGAAAUUAUGCCCGCAAUGAGUUCGAACGCCAUCGAGAAGUGACAGAUCUGCAACAUAUUCGAUACUUGCUUUCAACUGGCAAAGCGGAGUUCGAAACAAUGAGGAGAUACAUUGACGAGCAGAUUGCCGGUUGAGCUGGCCAACCGAGAUUAAGCAGGUAGGGACGAGUAGCAAGCGGAGAGUGUGCAUUUUCCUUCAAAACAGUGAGAA